CGGACGCCCUGCCUAAACAAUACAGGCAGCAGGACAGAUCGCUCGAAGUGCUGUACCGUGUAUUUUGAUUUUACGAUACAUAGGUUUUAUCAAUCUACUUGAAGACUUUUUGUAGUGUUUCCAAUAUGAGCCACGGCGAGGCAGGCAUUUUAAAACCUCGCUGUGACGAUGUGAUAGCACAGUAGCCACAGCCAGCCGCUGUUAGCUACCGUUAGCAAAGGUGUCAGAUGCUAGCCGAGUUAGCUAACGUAUGUGACAGCCAGGGAGCUAGUAGAAAAAGUUGUUUUGGAGGAGCUUUUUGGUGGGAGUUGCGUAAUGCCGAUCAACUGUUGAUAAUUUUUAUACAUUAGCUGUAAAUCACCAAGGCAACCAACCGGCAAAGUCCGAUGUGUUUGUAUCCGUUAGCAACGUUGCGUGGUUGAAAUCAAGCUAGCAAGAUAACCUAAAGUUAGCUUAGCCGCUACGUAAACGACAACAUCCACCAAACUGGACAAAACUUUGGAUUUAGUCGGGUUUAAAUCGGGCUCGGCGGGUUCGCUGACCCCCCAGAAGAAGAUGAAGAAGAGGAAGGAGCUGAAUGCUUUGAUUGGACUCGGGGACAGCAAAAGGAAGAAGACCAAAAAGGGGUCCGGUCACCGACUUCUCCGAACCGAGCCGCCGGACUCGGAGUCCGACUCCAGCUCGGAUGAUGAUGAGUUCAACAACCUGAGCAGCGGAGCUAACUUUGGGAAAAGAAGCUACACACAGUGCUGCAAUGUGUGCUACCCCUUGUUUCUGUUCAUCAUACUUGCUGCCUGCGUUAUGGCCUGUGCUGGACUCAUAUGGAUGCAGAUUGCUCUAAAAGAAGAUCUAGACUCGCUGAAAGAAAAGCUGCACAGCAUGGAAUCCAGCCAGAAGGUGUCAUCAAGUGAAAUACCAAAACUGAGUGAGGACCUGAAAAACAAGGAGAGAAAGCUUGAUGACAUUGAGAAUGGGGACAAAGGGCUGAGCAAGCUCUGGUCUAACCUGACAGAAAUGAACAGAAAGAUCAGUUUGCUGGACUCGGCAGUAAACCAUUUAAAGGCCAACUUGAAAUCAGCCGCUGAUUUAAUCAGCCUUCCCACCACAGUUGAAGAGCUCCAAAAGAGUGUUGCUACAAUUGGCAGCACACUAACAAGCGUACAGCACGAUGUGAAGACUAUGCAGGCUGCUCUCGAAAAUCAGAAGAAGGACGACGACUUGAAGAAGACGAUGGACAUAACAGACCUGAGAAAAGCUGUGAGUGAGGCCAACAAGACAGAGGAGCUGCACCAUACACAGUCUGAUGAGCAGAUCCACAUCCUCCUCUCCACUGUCGCAGAUCUUCAGCAGAGGGUGCUGUCAUUAGAGAACGGGUCAAAGCAAAGGUCAAAGGACAGUGACGCAGCAGCAAUCAACAGCGCAAGUCCAGCAACCGAGACGGUCAAAGAAGCCAUUACAACCAAAGCAGCACCUGGGAAUGUGCAAGAGGUAUCCACACCACUGAUAGAGCCUCAGACAAGCAGACGCCCGCGCUUCUUAACUCCAAACCGCUCUAAGAGAAACGCUGAGACACUGUGCCCAGAGACGGUGGUCCUGCCUGGUGUCAGCUCUCAGAAAGACUUGGAUCUCAUCUUCCAGCAGGCAGACGAUGGACGUAAUGUACUCCCGUUGCCCUACCACGGCCUGAAGAAAAUAUUUGGAACAUCAAUUCCCAAAGCUCGCACCAUGAAGUGUUUUGACAGUGACGGAGACCAGAGGUACUCCCUGACGGAGCUGAGAGCCGCUGUAGGUUUGUGAGCACAUUAUCACUGACAGCAGUGAACAGUAUUGAAUACCCAGCGGGGUCUGGGGGGUCCGAAGUUCCCAACCCUUUUCCGUAAUUGCUGCACUUUUGCUGAACUGAAUAUUUAUCAUACUGAUUGUGGAACAGUGGCGCUGGCAUGCCCCAUACUCCAUGCCCUCCCAGGUCUAUUUCGACACAAACUCAUCUACAAAACAUGCUCAAAUUUUAAACUUCAUCCGUGUGACUUCCUGUACGUGUAAUAAUCUGCUUUUAUUUUAGCAAACCAGGGUUUACAUGAAAUAAACUGUGGAAAUAAGUGUUUAUUUUGAAUCCUGUUUUCCACUCUCACCUCUCAGACUUCUGUUUUCCUGCACCUGUGGGUUUUUUUUACCAGUCUGUCUCAUUUUGAUGUAAAAUUUUUGUGUAUUUAGAUUUUUUUAGCUUUAUCUCCCCACCCAUCAACACAAACACCUGGUACAACUCACCUGAACCUUAUUUAUAGAGCCUGAGAUAGACUUUUAGGAAUGUUUACAAUUACUAUUAGAAACUGAAUUUUUGUGAGUUUUUCGUUUUGUUUUUAGACAGAUUCCUAACCUAACUGAAACACACACUUGAGCAUAAGAGUGAGGAUUUACGUAUGCUCUUUUCUAAGCUAAACAGUUUCAUGAUUUCUUCCUGCUCCGUGUUUUUUCUCAUUUAUUUUCAGCUAGUUUCUCCAUUUUGAUUGAUGUGUUUAGUCUCUGCUUUUGUUCUUUGCUUAUUUUUGCAGCUUUCAGUUCAAGUUUUGAAGGGCUAUGAACACUUUGAAUCAUUUGGAAAGAGUUUUGAAGUGGUAACUCAUGAGGCAUAUGUAGCAAUAACAAAAAUGACGUAGAUAUUGCUUGUUUAAAAUUGCAGUAGACAGAGAGUCACGCCUAGCUCACAGUUUGUAACAGGUAGUAUAAGAAGCACUGACCAUCACUCUUUACUUGAUUCAUUUUAUUCCAUUUUUAUGGGCCUAAUAAUGGUGUAUUUACAUAACAAAUUUGUCAAACUCAAACUUUGUUGUACUCUGUAAAAAAUGGUUUCAAUGUAUUCUCACAAAUUAUGUUGUGAAGGGGGUCGGGGUUGGUAAAAAAAGUUGCUUUACGGUGUUAAUCUCAACAUUGUACAUUUUUAAAUAAUUCUGUUGUGCUCUGCAUGUUGCUUAUAAUGUAACAUGAACAAAUUAUUUAUAAACUUAACAUAGCUGACUACUUGUUUUUGCAGGACAAUGUAACAGCUUUGGCCAUCAUGACAUAGAUUUUGGGUCCAUGCUGCUGCUGUACAUGGGGAGGUUUUAUGAAUGUGUUUUUGUGUGAACACCAAUGAAUAAACACAAAGUUAAAAGUU